UCCAUUUUCACCUGGAUGAGCAGAAGGAAGAAAAGUGAGAAGUUUUUUUCCUCUCAGACUGAAGAUGAGUGGUUAUGAGGAGGAAGAGGAAGACAGAGCAGAGUCUCCAGUGUUCAGCUGUGUGUCUCUGAAGAGUGACCGGUCCAUGAAUCAGCCUCUAACCUUCAGUAAUGAACCUGGACCCUCACACACAAAAGGUCAGGACCACAGACUGAGAGCAGAGUCUCCAGGGUCUAGCUGUGUGUCUCUGAAGAGUUACUGGUCCAAAGAUCUUCCCCUAGACUUCAGUAAUGAACCUGGACCCUCACACACAGAGGAGAAGAAGAGGAGUCAUGUUUCUGAGGAGGAGCAGUCGUCCUGCUGUGCUUCGUGUCAGGACGUCCUGAAGGAUCCAGUCUCCACCAGCUGUGGACACUCGUUCUGCAGACAGUGCAUCACCUCAUACUGGGACCAGUCUGGUUCUUCAGAACAUUCCUCCUGUGCCAAGUGUGGACAAAGAUCCAGAACAGGAGCUGGAGGUCAGACAGCCGAUCGUGGUCUGCAGGAGGUUCUAGAUGAACAUAAGCUCAGUGUGAGGAAGAGAUGUGAACAUGUGACUGAAGGGAGUGAUGAAACAGGAAGUAGAACCCUCCUCAACAGGAUCUACACUGAGCUCUACAUCACAGAGGGACAGAGUGAAGAGGUUAAUACUCAACAUGAGGUGAGGCAGCUUGAGACGGCUUCCAAGAAGAAGAUCCUCCACGACACUCCCAUCAAGGUCCACGACAUCUUUAAAGCCUCCACUAACCAGCAGAGCAGCAUCAGAGUCGUCCUGACCAACGGCGUCGCUGGAGUUGGAAAAACCUUCUCGGUGCAGAAGUUCACUCUGGACUGGGCAGAGGGUUUAGAGAACCAGGAUGUGGGUCUGCUGACUGUGCUUUCGUUCAGGGAGCUGAACCUGGUGAAGGACCAGCAGCACAGUCUUCUCACGCUGCUCCGUGUUUUCCAUCCAGCGUUACAGAAGCUCACUGCAGAGACGCUCGCUGUCUGUAAACCUUUGUUCAUCUUUGACGGCCUGGAUGAAAGCAGACCUUCUCUGGACUUCAACCACAGGGAGCUUGUGUCUGAGGUCACACAGAGGUCAUCAGUCAACGUGCUGCUGACAAACAUCAUCUGGGGGAAUCUGCUUCCCUCGGCUCUCGUCUGGAUAACCUCCAGACCUGCGGCGGCCAAUCAGAUCCCUCCUGCAUGUGUUGACAGGGUUACAGAAGUACGAGGCUUCACUGACGCCCAGAAGGAGGAGUACUUCAGGAGGAGAUUCAGUGAUGAAGAGCUGAGCAGCAGAAUCAUCUCACACAUCAAGACGUCCAAGAGCCUCCACAUCAUGUGUCAAAUCCCAGUCUUCUGCUGGAUCAGUGCUACAGUUCUGGAGCACAUGUUGACCACAGACCAGAGAGGAGAGCUGCCGAAGACCCUGACUGACCUGUACUCACACUUCCUGCUGGUUCAGACAAAGAGGAAGAACAACAAGUACGGUGAGGGACAUGAGACGACUCCACAGCAGCUGACUGAGGCUGACAGGGACGUUCUCCUGAAGCUGGGGAGGCUGGCACUUAAACAUCUGGAGGAAGGAAACAUCAUGUUCUACCAAGAAGACCUGGAGCGGUGUGGUCUUAAUGUCACAGAGGCCUCAGUGUACUCAGGAGUUUGUACUGAGAUCUUCAGAAAAGAGUGUGUGAUCUUCCAGAAUUCAGUCUACUGCUUUGUUCAUCUGAGCGUUCAGGAGUUUCUGGCUGCAGUCUACAUGUUCUACUGUUUCACCAAGAGGAACACAGAAGAACUCAACAACUUCUUGGGAACAUAUGGGAACACAGACAGUGCCUUCUCCCUGGAUGACCUCCUGAAGAGAACCAUGGAGAAAUCCCUCACCAGUACAAAUGGUCAUCUGGACCUGUUUGUUCGCUUCCUUCAUGGCCUCAGUCUGGAGUCCAACCAAAGAGUCUUAGGAGGCCUGCUGGGUCGGACAGGGAACAAUCAAAAGAUCCACCAUAGGGUCUUAGGAGGCCUGCUGGGUCGGACAGGGAACAAUCCAAAGAACAUCCAGAGAGUCAUCAACAACCUGAAGGAGAUGGAGAGUGAUGACAUUUCUCCUGAUAGAAGCAUUAACAUCUUCCACUGUCUGACUGAGAUGAACGACCACUCUGUUCAUCAGCAGAUGCAACAGUUCCUGACGUCAGAGAACAGAUCGAAGGAGAAACUCUCUGAGAUCCACUGCUCAGCUCUGGCCUACAUGCUGCAGAUGUCAGAGGAGGUUCUGGACGAGUUGGACCUGGAGAAGUUCAAGACAUCAGAUCAGGGUCGAUGGAGACUGAUCCCAGCUGUGAGGAACUGCAGGAAGGCUCGACUCUGUGUUUGUCGACUCUCAGAGACUCACUGUGAAGUCGUGGCAUCAGCUCUGAAGUCAGACCCCUCACAUCUGAGGGAACUGGAUCUGAGCGGAAACUACCUGCAGGAUUCAGGAGUGAAGCUGCUGUGUUCUGGCCUGGAGAGUCCAAACUGUCGACUGGAGACUCUGAGGUUGUGGAACUGCAGACUGUCAGAGGUCAGCUGUUCUUCUCUGGCUUCAGCUCUGAGGUCAAACCCCUCUCAUCUGAGAGAACUGGAUCUAAAUGACCUGCAGGACUCAGGAGUGAAGGAGCUGUGUGGUUUUCUACAGAGUCCAACCUGUCGACUGGAGACUCUGAGGAUGAAGUACUGCAGUCUGUCAGAGAUCAGCUGUUCUUCUCUGGCUUCAGCUCUGAGGUCAAACCCCUCUCAUCUGAGAGAACUGGAUCUGAGUGACAACAUCCUGCAGGACUCAGGAGUGAAGGAGCUGUGUGGUUUUCUACAGAGUCCAACCUGUCGACUCGAGACUCUGAGGUUGGAGUACUGCAGUCUGUCAGAUAUCAGCUGUUCAUCUCUGGCUUCAGCUCUGAGGUCAAACCCCUCUCAUCUGAGAGAACUGGAUCUGAGUAGAAACAACAAGCUGCAGGACUUAGGAGUGAAGGAGCUGUGUGGUUUUCUACAGAGUCCAACCUGUCGACUGGAGACUCUGAGGAUGGAGGGCUGCAGACUAUCAGAGAUCAGCUGUUCUUCUCUGGCUUACGCUCUGAGGUCAAACCCCUCUCAUAUAAGAGAACUGGAUCUGAGUAGAAACACGCUGCAGGACUCAGGAGUGAAGGAGCUGUGUGGUAUUCUACAGAGUCCAACCUGUCGACUGGAGACUCUGAGGUUGUGGAACUGCAGACUGUCAGAGAUCAGCUGUUCUUCUCUGGCUUCAGCUCUGAGGUCAAACCCCUCUCAUCUGAGAGAACUGAAUCUGAGUGGAAACAACCUGCAGGACUCAGGAGUGAAGGAGCUGCUUGAUCAGGAGCAGAGUUCAGGCUGUCGACUGGAGACUGUGAGGUGGUGAUCUUGGUGAAGGUGAGUGUGAAGAGGACAUUGUGUGUGGACGGAGAAUGAGGUGCGUCCUGAGUAUCCCGAGGCUGCAGCAGCUUGUGUAGAAUACAAUGAUGUCAAAGUCACUAUCAUUUUCUAUUCUACUGUCUGGACCUGGUAUUCGUGAACUACAGUUCGGCCUACAUUUGUAGUCCAAACCUGGAGCACAAGUUCUUUGUUCUGGAGACAAACCAGAGCCUCCAGAACCCAGUCACCCGGCUUCAACGUCACAAAGAGGUGUGAAACCUGACCGGGGACUCUUGUUUGAACCACUAUAGGUCACUCUGGGCGCCAUGAACCAUGAACCAUGAGGUCACCAGGCAAUUAUAAGCCCAGUUCUCCCUCCCCUUCUUCCUCUUUCUGCGCAACCCUCAGAGAGAAGGUGAGGCUGUCCAGCUCACCUACUCUUUCAACUCAACUCAUCUCUCCGAGAGGAGCCCACCUCUCUUUCUGAUCAACUUCAAUGGAGGAGAGGUACAGCUUGCAGCUCACUUCACCAAGGAAACCACCUUCCAAUCCAAGCUCUACUAACCUUCAAGCAGGCCUGACUGGAGCAGGCUGCUAAAACCUUCCAAAAGGCAGCAACGCAAAAGCCUGCCUAAGAACAGCACAAGAGCUGCAUCACACAGCAGAACAACAACAGGAGCCGCAACACAACAAGACGACUUCACUGGACUUCAAACAGCACAACUUUUUUCCCUUUUCAUGGACGGGUAACACAACUGUGAUUAAUAAUAAUGUAUGGCUAAGCAGAGACUGUUUAUUCGAUUCCAGGUGAUGUUUAUAAGUUUGAUUAGUGUUGCUCUGAUAUUUUGGUUAUAAGUUAUUUGAAAGUUAAUGUUAGUCGUGUUAUGCUCUUCACAGUCUUUCUCAUGCAUCUUGUAACUUCCUCACACACACACACAUCUCUCUGACCCUCGCUACAUGUCAUAGACAUACGAGGGGAGAUGGUGUAUUGCCCUCAUAGGGGCCAGCCGCCAUUUUGAAGGCAAACUCACUCAUAGACACACACACAUAUUCAUAUAGCAAGUACAACUUUAGUAAUUUGUUUUUUUACUUUAUCUUUUUCUUUCACAAAUGUUUUAAUGAAUGUUGCAUAAGUGUGAAUUUUGCCAACCUCUACACUGUCAAGAACUCUAUUUUUCAACUCUGCUAACUAUCUAUAAGUUAAUUUUGUUUAUAGUUAUUAAUUAAAUUGUUAAUCAGAGUUCCAAUUUUGUACUUUCAUGAGACUUAAUCAAUAAAUUGGCUUUCUUUUCUCUUCCUUUGAAGGUUGGUGCCCUGAGGUACCUUUAAUCAAUUAAAGUUUUGAAUUUAUUUUUAAUAUAAAUAUUUGUUAUAUUCAGAAAAAUUUCUGAUAACCAGAUUCAUUAAAUGCCCUAAGGCACACGGUGUCACGUUAAAAGCAUAAUUGAACAACACUACUCUAGAUGCAUCCACAUGUUUUGUGUUGUCAUGGUGAUCAAUUUGUUCUGUAAGAAAACAGUAAUAAAAGUGAAUUGUCUGGUGACCAACAUGUCGUCUCACUAUAAACUAUUAAUAAACUGACAUUUACAUUUAAA